UCGACCGUUGGCCAAAUUCAACAUCAAACAACGCUCCAAGCUUCAACUGUUUACACAGCAACCAAAACCCCAACAACACCAAUCAACAUGAAAUUCUUCGCCGUCUGCUUCUUCGCUGUUGUGGCUGUGGCUGCUGCCAAGCCUGGCAUCCUGGCCGCUGCUCCUUUGGCCUACACCGCACCUGCUGCUGCUGUCGUCGGUAGCGCUGCCUAUGUGGCACCUUAUGCCUCCAGCUACUCGGCUCACCAGGUCGCCCACAGCGCCGCCUUCCCCGCUGCCUACACCGCACCCAUUGCCGCUCCCGUUGCUGCCGCCUACACUGCUCCAGUCGCCGCUGCCUACUCCGCACCCGUUGCCGCCGCUUACACCGCUCCAGUUGCCGCUGCUUACACCUCUCCCCUGACCUACAGCGCACCUAUUGCCCGCUAUGCUGCUGCUGCUCCUCUGGCCUACAGCGCGCCCCUGGCUGCACCCAUCGCUGCUCCCGUGCUGCUGAAGAAGUAAAGCGCAAAUAUGUGACCAUUUGUUGAGAUCCUGUGUAAAUAAAGAUUUCUAGAUAUGCUCGAAAA